AUGGCUCCUUCCCGUGCCCCCUCAACGAUGAACCCAGGAAAUUCCAAUACCGCCUACACGCUCUCCUUAUUGUCUGAAUACACCCAUUCUCUCGAUUCGCUGCCUCUGGACCUUUCUCGCAACUUUGCAGAUCUCCGCGAGCUCGACGCCGUUCUGUCUUCUUCAGUAGCAUCAAUCACUGGAAAAAUACAAAAACUGACGCGGAUGAUAGAAGAAAACACAUCUCCAAAGCAAGAACGUCUCUUUUUGCUAGCAGAGAUCGCGGAGGAGGCGACGCGUCUCAAGCUUGGGGGAGAGGAUAAGAUACGUGUCGCAUCUCAGGCAGCUGAUAACCUCAAGGGGCACACCGGUCAUAUGACAGCACUGCUGAGCCAUAUUCCUGCCCUUGAUAUGUCGAUACUGAACCGGAAAACUACAUAUCCCCAUGUUGCGCCCCGUUCAUUCAUGCCUCACACCACCAUGGAGUCUGGAAGACGCAGAAGGGGUGCAUAUAGCUCUCUAUUGGCUAGUGCACCGGAUUUCAGCCCUGCGAAAAGAAAGAGGCAGCCAAGAGACGAUGACCUCGACGGUGGGGGAUCAAAGUCGCCACGCAAAGACAGGAGUGGUGAUGCAACCACUCAAAGAGCUAGGAAUGGUGCUCGUGCAAGAAAACCUGAGCGGGCUAUAUCUCCUGCAGAAUCCAUGGUGUCUGUCAUCUCACACAACGUCACCCAGAACACACAAACUGCUGCUAAUAACUCAAGAUCUGGCGCUCAACAUGCUUCAGGCCGGGCUGGAAAUGCAUCUGGUACGAACAAACGCACCAGACCGUCCGCUUCCAACCAUCAGGAUAAUGACACUCCUUCGGAAGCAACCUCGGCCGCCCGUAGGGACAUCUUCAACGCACCACCCUCUUCUUCCGUCUCACAUCCGUCGCUGCCUUUACGCGGUGUCAAUGUCUACGAUCUACCAAGUGGUCAUGCCAUUCCACCAAGCGAGUGGGCUGGGCCUUUACCACCUGGCCAGCUCGAGGGCCCAGGUACGCCCGUUGUGGCCGCAGCAGCGGCUGAUGCCUUGACGGAAGCUGGCGAUGGAGAUGGCGAAGGGGAUGAUAGGACAUACUGUUUCUGCGAUGGCAUCAGCUACGGAGAGAUGAUUGCUUGCGAUGAUGCGAGCUGUGAGCGAGAAUGGUUCCAUCUUGCUUGUAUAGGCCUUUCAGUGCCCCCAGACGGGACAUGGUAUUGUGAAGUAUGCAGAAACAAACAACGGAACGCCAAAAGGGGAGGAAGGGGAGGCAAGAGACGCUCAGGUGGGGCACGGUCGGGUGCGAAGGCAGCCAACGGUGCUUAG